UGUUAAGGAGUGGCACUAUGGUGCUAAGUUGAGACAGUUAAAACUGAUGGGAGGAAGUUGUCAGUGUGUAUGCAUUGCAUGCAGUGUACAUUGAUAGUGUCCAAUGGUACAAAAAAAAGACAGGGAAGUGGCUUUGCUGCCUCUUUUCCAACCACAGAGAUGACAUAUAGCUGUUGAAGGCUUUAAUGACUCCAGAGCACUUCAAUUUAAUUCAUGGUAUAUCUGAUCAUUCAGUUGUUUAUUAAUAUUAUCCAAUAGAUCUCAUUGACGAUCCAGGGUUGUUUUAUAAUAUCUAACAUAAUCAAAGGCCAGUUAAGGCAUUAAAUCAAUGUAAAUGAUUAGAAGUAAAACAAGUGUCAUCCUGUCUUUAGGCAAGUAAAAGAUGAAAUUGAAACAUCUACCAAUUAACAAAAGUGAAGUACAGAUUUUAAAUUUAUUUCAAUAAUGUAAAGUGCUUUGUAACUUGUUUCAUAAAGAUUUACAAUGUAUAAUUGUUCUGCUUUUAACAGCCUAUGAACUGCCAUGAUAGGUGGCGGAAGAUUUCUAACAGCUGACAUCACUUGUUCUAGAGAUCAGGAAGUAUUUAGUAAGACGAUGUAUUGGUGUUGGAUGUUCAACUGUUAGAAUCCGCACUUUCUCUGCAACAUGACUGUUCAUCUCAGAAUUCUUGUCAUCCUCAUGGGACUCGCAGGAAUUCGCAGUGUAACUACAGUCAGUAAAGUGUCAGUGAAGGCUGGAGGCUCAAUCUCUAUCCCAUGUCUCUAUGAGCCACGAUACAGAAACAAUUUGAAAUACUUAUGUAAAGGGUAUGAUUGGACCUCCUGCUCAUCUGCAAUUAAAACAGACAAACAAAGUUCAGGAAGUUUUUCAAUCUCUGAUGACAAAAUCCAAAGAAUCGUCACUGUGACCAUAAAAGAUCUGAAGGAACAGGACCGUUGUGUUUACUGGUGUGCUGUGGAUAUUAAAAAACUGGUAGAUGAAAGAAAGUAUUUUUACCUGUCAGUCACUGGAGAUACACCCGCUCUCAAUGUGGAUCAUCAGGAGAUUCAAGGAUUUACUGGAGAAGAAAUAACCAUCAAGUGUCAUUAUUCUAAACGUGGAGUAAUAAAGUGGUGCAGGCUGGGCAGAAACUGUGUGACAGACCCAUCUGGAUCAAUAGAUGGAACAGAAGUGACCAUUGAUAGGAGAGUUCCCAGUGUUUUUACUGUGACUAUCAGUAGAUUGAGGACAGACAGCGGCGGCUGGUAUUGGUGUGACAGAGGUUUCCAGAUGCCGGUGCAUUUAACUGUUACAGAGAAACCGACCACUACCACUGUUGCAGCAACAACACUCUUAACCACCACUGAGCCUGAGAAUCCCCCCACUGGUUCUGUAGACGAAGAAACUACCACAGUUCAGAGUGAACAGCAAAGUGAAUCAAUUUACCUAAAGAACUUCAUCAUCCGUUUGAGCUUGUUGAUCUUCAUCACAGUUGUCACCAUGUUCAUCUGGUUUACGUUGAAAAAGCACAAGCAGGCGAAAGCUGCAGCGUCAGCCACAGCGACUUCAUGCACAGAGAGUGAUGUGGACGUGAUGCGCGGCUCUGUGGUUUUCAACAGGCCAAAAGGUUUGCAGAAGAGCCAGACUUCUCCUGUAGGCUUUCCCAUUGACCCAGAUGAACUGCCUCAAAAGGAGGAGGAAGACAGAUUUUUUUGUGAUUUGAUAGUGCUGGGGUAUACUCCUCUGGUGCAGAGCAAGGUGUAGUGCUCAGGGCCGGGCUAAAAGCCA